AUCGAUCCCGAAGAUGCAAAUCAGUCUUGGCACUCCUAUACACUUGAGGAUGUUGGAGGCGGAGUGCUCAAGCUGGUCCGCCAGCGCACUCGAGGUGAGCAUCCAAUCUUUUCCUAUCCCAAUAAAGAUGGAGGAUCAAAUGUUCCUAUCAAGACCGAAGACGCAGGAAAUGAAGGAGGUGCCUCCCGCGUUGUUCUCGUUAAGCCACGUUCCAACCCGAGUUGCACGCUCGACACCACUCCGUAUACCCAGAUCUUCGGGACUUUCUACAACAUCCCCCCAUCGGUUUCAACGACAGAUAUUGGUGCGGCUUUAAUGCAGUCAGAGGAGCUGGUCAAGGUCGCGAUGGAUUUGGGAUGUUUGCAUCUCAUCCAACCAUACCUGGGUAACGUCUUCGGACAAUUCCGACAGAAGCUCUUCGUGGCCAUCAAGAGUGACCCGGCGCGAUGGAUUCAGCUGGCAAUGGCUUUAGAGAAUACCUCUAUAUAUACGGAAUGUUUAAUCCAUCUGGUUGGAGCCCAUCCAGGAUGGACUUCGCCCACAAGCAAGAAGACACUACCUACCGAACUACAGCAGCUCAUUGCCAGGAAAUCUGAAGAGUUAGACAGUAAGUGCACCGAACUAGAGCGGGAGCUCCUUCUCGUCACCAUCAAAGUUCGCCGAGGACCAGUAACGCCACAAGACGGCCAUGUGGAAACCUGGAUGCUGGUGCAGAUGUUCCGUGACGCGUUGGCUACCCAACUGCUCUCCAUGCGUACACCAAAGCAGAUGACAUUGAGGCGAGGAGUCGUAUACCGUAAGCUGCGCAAGGGUGGAUCCGAGUACAUGGAGAUUGAUGAGGUUAGGGGUGUGUGCAGAGGUAUCAUGCAAUCUGACUGGAAAGACUUAGCAGAGGAUCUGAAGAUACUGAAGGAAUAUGCCGCGGCGAUGGUGGAGGAUAUGGCUGCAAACGAAUUAAUGAUCGAUCCCGAUGCCCAUGGUAUCGGAUAUCUGACUUGCACAAAGGUGAAGGCUGAUGAUAUGCCCUGGCACCCGGUCCCGUUUGGGAGUUGA